AUGGAGAAGAAACAUAUGAAGAUGGCCAUCCUGAGGCAAGAGCAGACAUUCAGACAACAGGUUCAUGAGUUGCAUCGCGUAUACGAGGUUCAGAAGCGGCUGAUGAAGGAGAUGCAGGCUGUUAAGAGGAGCCCAGCUCAGGCAAGAGAGGAUACUGAACCAGAACCAAUGCUGGAUACAGAUCGCUCACGCGCUCCUUUUAUCGAGGACUUCAACCUGGAGCUGACACUAGCAACUGGGGGUGAUACGCGGAAGCAAGAGAUGACAUCCAACUCUGAGUCUGGACCAACGGUGACAUCGUCGACUUCUGCUGAAUCAGAGUCGGGGCAGCGAUUCCCUGAGUCCAAUGUAGACCUGAGGUUUCAACAUGAGAGCAAGAGGCAUGAUGAUCAGCUCACGCAGUCUCCCUGGCUCUAUCAAUGUUUAAGUCUCAAGAUGGCUUGA